CCUAAAAUCAAAAUCAUAAAGCCACUUGUUCUCUCUGCUCCUAUCAUCUCUGCCUCAUUUCACAAGAGUAUCUUCUUCCCAUCUCACCUCUCAGAAGAUCAUCUCCUUCCCCUCGUCCAUGUCCUCCCCGCCGGUGUGAUUGCUCUAAGCUUGACAAAGCAACUGCUCUAAAUGAACGAUCUAGUCGACUCAUCACCCCUCCCAACUGGCCCCUUGACAACUCAGUUUUCUACAUCUGGGAACUAUCAUUACCAUAAAACCUGUUAUAAGGAGAACUAUCAUCUGAAAUGUGAUGUCUGCAAGCACUUCAUUCCAACAAAUCAUGCUGGUCUUAUUGAAUAUAGGGCACAUCCAUUUUGGAUUCAGAAGUACUGCCUUUCCCAUGAACAUGAUGAUACUCGUCGGUGCUGUAGCUGUGAGAGAAUGGAGGUUAGUAAUUCUUAUGCUCUCUAAUAAAUUCUAACCUUUUUUCUUUGCAAAUAUUUGAUACAAUGGUGUAUGUCUCCUUUUGUGCAGCCAUGAGACACGCGCUAUGCCACGCUUAAUGAUGGUCGAAAGCUCUGCCUAGAGUGUCUUGACUCUGUAAUCAUGGAAACCGUGGAUGCCAACCCCUUUAUCUUGAUAUACAAGAAUUUUAUGGAAGGCUUAAAUAUGAAAGUAGAGCAACAAGUGUCGUUAACUUGUUGUGAAGCCAGAGAGGGAGAGAGAAAUGUAAUGGCACAUUGUCAGAUUAUGACAUAUCUAAGAUUUAUACUUUUUAUGUUUUAGAUUAAGGUUUUAUACUUUUCAUGUUGUAGGUGGGCAUGUCAGACUGUGAAUAAGUUUUUUUAGUCUAUCUUUGCCUAUGUUUAUAAUGUAUGUCUUUAAGCUUAAAUGAAGUAUAAAUAGGUUUCAAGUAUUGGAAAGUGCAUGCAAUUGUUCCAGUGUCCUCAAUAAGGAGUUAUUGUGUCUAGCUAAUAGUUUCUUUAUGUUGCAGAUGUGUGUAAUUGCUUCUUGUGUUCAUAACAAUA